AUGAUCGCAAACCACUAUAUUGAACUACAAGAAGAUGAGUCUGAGUGCCAGCUAGCGCAGCAAUUGAAUAUAUCCACCCCAGUUGAAGAAUCUCGCCGACCGGGACUGUUAUUCCGAGNGUAUGGAUUGCCAAAAGUACACAAAGAUGGAGUACCGAAUUUGGAUAUGUGCAAAUCGCCAUAUCAUGCCCAAGCAAAGUUGUUGGCCAAAUUUGAAACGAUGGAAUACCUGUGCAGUUAUGUACAAAAUAAUAAUGGUAAACUCGGCCUCGCUUUGGAUGACCUAAAACAACUGCUUUACUUCUGCACGUAUACUGUUCAGUUCAAGUUUAACGAUGAGAUAAAUCCACAAAAGGAUGGUGUGGCCAUGGGGUCUCAUCUGGGACCGCAUUUCGCGGAUUUAUUCAUGGCGAAACUUGAAAACGCUCAAUUACAGUCAUUCAUGGAAGAUUGUGUACUAUACACAUGGCACGUGUUCUACGAAACACCUACGAGAAACAACGCGUUCAAUUUCGCAUCAUACAUGUCCACCGAUGAAAAUCUAUCGAAAAAAAACAUCACAUAUGGUCGGUUUUCUAUGUCGGAAGUGGAGAAAAAAGAACCUUUGCAAAAUUUGUGUGGUCAGGUGACCAUUACUCCGUAUUAUACCGAUCUGCUUACAACCCCAUGGAGUCCACUAAUCAACGGGCAGAAAUUGCUGCAUGUGAAAGCCACACUUGGUCCAAAUCCUAAAACACCAAGGUAUUUGCUCGAAGCUGUGGCUCAUUACGACAGCACGAAUGCAGUCGAACGAAUUUAUGUGCCUGAAAAACGAAAACACAAAACAUGGGAACUUAAUCAUUUGAAAGCUAUUCUCAGCCUCCUCAUUGUGCAUCCGUCGUUACAGCCAGGCUGGGAAACAGACAGUUCAGGAACGUGUCUAAUCGCUUACGCCGCAGUGGUGGACCGGUCGAAUGCUAGUCAGACAGAGACAGUUGACAAGGAGAAGACAAAAUGUAAACGCAUACAACAGCCAAUAGAUACGUGGAAUUAUAACAAAAUCCCGAUUCGAGCGCAGCCCCGCACAAAUCGAAUGAUGAUACGGUACCGGUUUGACACAGUCAAUGGAAUUCUUAAGCAGGCGGUAGCUCACGAGCAACAGGAGAUAGCUUUAUUCAAUGGAAUCGAUUUGGCAACCAUACAACUCGCUUCGUGGCAAGAAUUAUUAUUUGUGAAAUAUGUGAAAACAGAAUCAGACGUUCCAAGUGCGUUACCGAAUUUCUCCGCCCAAUUCACGGAAAAAAUUGCAGAACAACUCACGCAAUCUCCCACUCGAAUCAUGCAUCUAGGCACACUUUAUCCAAUCGAACAGUCAGAAGUGGCUUGCAGUUUGAACACCAAUAUUUAUCAUUUGGUAUCUGGCCAGCCGGAUUCUAUCUCACGAUUGCCCGAUGAAGAGCGAUUGGUGUCCAUUCUUCGAAACCUGAUAGAGAAUGCACGAAACAGUCUUCAACAGGAUCAGUCAGGUCAAGUGGAAUCGUUGCACACCAUAGUCCAACUGAUUCGCCUUCUUCGUUGUGUCCCAGAUCAGGCCGCAGCGGUAGAUGUGUUGAGUGAAGCUUCAAAAAUGGCACCGCCAGGGAUUGAACCGGGUCUACUCUAUCGACAGUAUGACACGUGGCGUGAUCGCCUGGUAGACGUGUUGGUCAGUUGUGGUACACCGACAUGUGUGUCAGUUUUGUUACGCCGUUUGGAAAUCCUUACAGAUAUGAGCAAUCUGGCUGUGGAGAAUCCGAACGAAGUAAGCACAGAGGUGGUCCAAAUGCGAAAAAUGUUGUUUCUCACUUUGUGGCCCGCACUGGCACAUUUGUCACAAACAGACAAUACCUUGUUGGAGCGGUUGUUCAAUUCAUGUGACCGGGUGAUUCAGAGACCGGCACGUACUAUCUGUUUGAUGACCAUUGUGAAUCUGUAUUCGAAAGCAACAGAUGUCUCUCAGGAACUGGAAAACCACCUGAUUGAUAACACAAAUGAUUAUCUGGCAAUUGAGAUAAACACUAAGAAGGAAAACAAACAGAAAGAUCCCGCUUCCCAGAGUGAGCUGAACUCCAGACUUUUGAUUGGACUUACUCUUGCUAAAACUUCCGCUAUUCCAAAGCUGUUUGCAUCUGUUUCCAAGCUGAUUGAUGAUACGGACAAUGUGGCACCGACAGUCCGAGCUUUUGCAAUCCAGACUCUUCCAGUGCUGAUUGAAUCUACAAAUAGUGGUACGCAACUUGCACAAGUUCAUCGACUUCGGCAUCGUUACAUGGACCUUUUGGUUCAUUCAGUCAACGAUACGGAAAAUGAUCUUGUGGUCGGUCGCGCAUUGUUCAAUACGAUUUUGACAUUACAUCCGUCUGCAUUUGAAUUGGUUCAACUGGUUGAUCAGCUGGCUUUGCAAAAACGUUGGCCCUUGGUUCGAACCUGUCGUAUGUUGCUGGAUCACGCUUGUGCCGCUGAGCAGCUUGACAAACAUGACUGCGAUUGUCUUCAUGGUUCCUGUUCCGGCUUUGUGAAUUUUGGCUAUUCUGGGGGUUGGUCUGGUUUGGCAGUCGCAGAGGAUUCCGGGAACGGGGAGGCUACGGUUAUACAGGGUGAUUUAUUCAACGUAAACGACUCAUUGAUUGCGGACUACUCGUUACAAGUGGUCAACGGUCCAGACGGUGAGUUUCGUUUGUCCAAUUUGAUGGUCGAUUUACUCAGUGCGCACGGAGAGACAAGACUGUUUGAGUUUAAUGUGUAUACGGAAGGAAUGAAUACUUUUGUCAGCAAAUCAACGCGUAAGCAAAAAAAGACAAAAAAGAAGAAGGCCAAACUAUCCACAGCAUGGGCCACUGUGGAAUUAAACUAUCUACAAACUCGCUUACCUCCGUGGACCGUCUUUACCGGCGGUUUACAGGAUAUGAUUCAACUAUUAUGGUCCGCGCCGAGCGAACCAACCACAGUACUUCAGGUGACCCAAACCGCUAUGGAUCAACUUUGUGAAAUACGUACACAUGUGGUACAUGAGAAUUUCGAACUCACCAUCCCCGGUUCGACCAAAGCGGUGAAUCUGAUCCAAGGGAUCGGAGCAGAAGCCACUGUGGAUUUUGUCACGCACGUGCAAAUGGGAAGUCUACCUGAGGGAAUUUGUAUGGCUAUGAAUCGUCAGAAAGGCACAGUUCUACUCCAAUGGGAUGCGGUACAUCCUGUCUCGGAGUUAUGGCUUCAAGGUCGUUCGUCUAGCUCGUAUCGUGAGUUACAAAACCCAAGGGAAUAUCACGUCAAUCGUCAGGUCGUCGCGGGACAGUCAUAUGACUUAGGACGCAACAAUUCCAGGCGAUGUGUAAAUUUGAAUUCGAAAACACAAUGGUAA